UAAAAAAAAGUCCACAUGGAGGUGGGAUUCCAUAUCUGGUCUCCUGCCAGCACAUUCUUCAAAGCAAAGGUUAUGUAUCUGCUGCCUGCUCACCACCCCCCUCAUAUAAAAGGCCAUCCAUUGUCUGCGGGCAGCUGCUGUUCAACUCCUUCCACCUCCGCAGACAUCCUUUUUCAGGAGCUCCACACACACGCAGCCAUGAAUCCCAAGGGGGAUAAGCCGAAGUCAAAGAUUUCGGCUUCCCGCAAGCUCUCCCUCAAAAUGUUGCUCCUCCAAAAAGCUUGUGAGGACCUGGAGAAGGAGAGGCAGGAGCGAGAGGAGGAGAAAGUUCGUUACCUGGGGGAGAAGCUGCCCCCUCUGCAGCUGUCUGGUUUGUCACUGGAUGAGCUACAAAAACUGUGCAAACAGCUGCAUGAGAAAAUUGACAUAGUGGACGAGGAGAGAUACGACUGUGAGCAUAAGGUGAUCAAGCACAACAAAGAUAUUCAUGAGCUGAAGCUGAAAGUACAGGACCUUGGCGGGAAGUUCAAAAAGCCCGCGCUAAGGAAGGUGAGGGUAUCUGCAGAUGAGAUGAUGAGAGCUCUUCUGGGCUCCAAACACAAGGGCUCCAUGGACCUGAGGGCCAAUCUUAAAUCUGUGAAGAAGGAAGACGUCAAACAGGACAAGGUGCUCACCUCUGAAGUGGGCGACUGGCGUAAGAACGUGGAGGCCAUGUCAGGCAUGGAGGGCCGCAAGAAGAUGUUUGAYACAGGCGGUGGAGCACAGUGAGAAGCUGCAGUCAGAGAAAAGGAUCAUCUAAAAGCUGGAAAUCAUUUUUUUAUUUCUAACAAAUAAGAAAGAACACUUAGCUGGAGGAUGCCUGAUAUUUAGUUAUUUUAACUGGAGUGACUCAAAGCAUCUUAAGCCAGGCAUGUCCAACUCCAGUCCUCAAGGGCCGGUCUUCUGCAAGUUUUAAAUUUGUCCCUGCUUCAACACAGCUGAUUCAAAUAGAUGAUUUACCUUCUCAGUUUGCCAUCAAGGUCUGCAGAGGCCCACUAAUUAAGCACUCCUUAGAUUCAGCUUUGUUGAACCAGGGCAGCACCUAAAACAUGAAGGACACUGGCCCUUGAGGACCAACUUUGGACACCACAGAUCUAAAGCUUUGGAUUAGUGAAAACCGCUCAUUUUUUCAAUAUUUUGUUUUGUUAUGAAACCUUCAGACAAACGAUGAAUAAACUGAUACUGUUUCCAUU